CCCAUCACGCCUCGGGCUCGGGCUGGGGAGGCCGCCUUCGCGCUCGCCAGGUCUUGGGUCCUCUACGGACUCUGUCAGCUGGGGCUUCUCGGUUCCUGAAGUGAGAUUGGGGGGCGCUCGGACGGCCCACUCAGAGCCGCAUCCUGGACCGCGUCCUACCCCAGAGAGCGGACGAGGUGGCGGCGAAGCCUCGGUAUGCAAAGAAGCCUUUUCACACAGAUGUCCUUAGAGAUAAUAUGGAUGAGUCCGGAGUUCUCCUCUGGGUGAAAGCAGAACCCUUUAUAGUGGGCGCCUUGCAGGUCCCCCCUCCAUCCAAGUUCAGUCUUCACUAUCUCAGGAAGAUAUCCACCUAUGUGCGAACCCGGGCCACAGAGGGAGGUUACCCACGCCUGUCCUGGUCUACAUGGAGGCACAUUGCAUGCGGAAAGCUGCAGUUGGCUAAGGAUCUGGCCUGGCUUUACUUUGAAAUAUUUGAUAGUCUUGCAGUGAAGACACCGAAGGAGCGCCUGGAAUGGUCUGAGAUUCUGUCCAACUGCAUGUCUGAGGAUGAAGUUGAAAAGCAAAGAAAUCAGCUUUCAGUGGACACCCUACAGUUUCUGCUCUUCUUAUAUAUACAACAGUUAAACAAGGUCUCCCUGAGGACAUCUUUGAUUGGAGAAGAGUGGCCUAGUCCCAGACACAGAUCUCAGUCUCCUGACCUGACUGAAAAAUCCAGUUGUCAUAAUAAGAACUGGAAUGAUUACAGUCACCAAGCUUUUGUCUGUGAUCAUCUGUCAGAUCUCCUUGAACUGCUUGUAGAUCCAGAACAACUCACUGCAUCAUUUCAUUCAACCCAUAGUAGUCUAGUCUCUCGAGAAGCUGUUGUAGCACUCAGCUUUCUUAUUGAAGGUACAGUGAGUGGAGCCAGGAAGAUAUAUCCACUUUAUGAACUUGCACUGUGGCAACCACUACAUGCAGAAAGUGGCUUCUCAAAGACCUCUAAGGCCUUUUCUUUCUACAAGCUGGAAGCCUGGUUGAGAGCCUCUUUAACUGGGAAUCCAUUUGGUGUAUCUGCUUGCCUCAAGUCUGGGAAGAAAUUGGCUUGGGCUCACCAAGUUGAAGGGACGACCAAAAGAGCUAAGAUUGCUUGUAAUACUCAUGUGGCCCCUAGGAUGCACCGCCUGGUGGUGAUGAGCCAGGUUUACAAGCAGACAUUGGCCAAGAGCUCAGAUACUCUGGUGGGGGCACAUGUAAAGAUUCAUCGUUGCAAUGAGACUUUUGUAUAUCUGCUGUCUCCCUUACGAUCUGUAACAAUUGAGAAGUGCAGGAAUAGCACUUUCAUCCUGGGCCCUGUACAGACUGCUCUUCAUCUCCACAGCUGUGACAAUGUUAAAGUCAUUGCUGUUUGCCAUCGUCUGUCCAUCUCUUCUACAAUGGGUUGCAUCUUUCACAUUCUGACGCCUACACGCCCACUUAUUCUCUCUGGGAACCAGAGAGUAACUUUUGCCCCCUUUCAUACCCAUUACCCAAUGCUGGAGGACCACAUGGCCAGGACUGGCCUUGCUACAGUGCCUAACUAUUGGGAUAAUCCCAUGAUUGUGUGCAGAGAGAACAGCAGCACAAGUGUCUUCCGACUCUUAGCACCAUGUGAAUUCUAUGUGUUUAUUAUUCCCUUUGAAAUGGAAGGGGACACAACAGAGAUACCUGGGGGUCUUCCAUCUGCAUAUCAGAAAGCACUGGGCCAAAGAGAAAAAAAGAUACAGACCUGGCAGAAAACUGUGAAGGAGGCUCGUUUGACAAAGGAUCAAAGGAAGCAGUUCCAGGUACUUGUGGAAAACAAAUUUUAUGAGUGGUUGAUUAAUACAGGACAUCGUCAGCAGCUGGACAGUCUUGUGCCCCCUGCAGCAGGCUCCAAACAAGCAGCAGGAUAAGACUUCCUCAU